AGAUCCGGUAUAUGCUGAUUGUAUAUAAAUGAUGUCGGACGGAGGGAUUUACAUGCCCUGUAAACCACAACAGACAACUCUACAGAAACGGUAUGACUACCAAUGGAACUUCAUGGUCUAGAUGAUUGAUCCAAUAAAAUGGCGGAAGAAGAGGACAGCUCUUCCUCGUCCGACAUGGCGGACGAUCCCAGUACGGACAUGAGCGGGAAAAUUGGAUGCAUCAUCGGAAUUGAUAUAAAUGAAUCGCUUGCAUCGGGUUUGUCAGAUGUUUCCAUGAAUGAAGGUCAUGGAACUGGACAAAUUGAAAACAACGAGGACGAUGACGAUUCAGAGGAUGUGGAUGAGGGAGCAAUCGAACGUAAUUUGCGCUUCGACAACGACGACGAUACGGAAGAUGAUUCUGAUGAAGAAUUCCAUGACUGUAAUGAUUUGGAUGAUGAUGCCAUGCAAGCAUUUGAUAAUGACAAUGAAGAAUAUUCAGCGAGGAUGUGCUACAGCCUUCCUGCAGAUCUCACGUUAGAAGAUACAGAUGGCGAAUGGGACAAUGAUGAGGGAAAGGAAGUUGAAGAAACGGAGAUAAAAGAGGUGGAAAUGCCAGAACAGGGAGAAAAUGAAUGUGACGAUAAGGAAGAAAGUAUGACUGUUUCAAAGACAAACACCGAAAGCUUUAGCUCACAUGCAUCACAAGUAUCCGUGCCUGUCGAGAAGGUUUCACCCAUGUACCUAGGACAGCAGGCUGUCAAUUGCGCUAAACUUAUUCACCUUUCAAUUACAACAUGUCAGGAGGUCAUGAGAGAAAUCCUGAAAUUCAGCAAUCCUCAUGGCAGAGAAGACCACCAUUUGGUUACUAUUCUUACAGACUGGGAAAGAACGCUUUCAUCUAAGAGAUAUAAAAAGCAGACAACAGACAGACCCAUAUUGUCAGCAGAAGAAAAGGAGAAACUGUUCAGUGGUACCGUUACUUAUGACAAGCUAGAUAUGUCUUUGUUAUAUAAAAUUGCUAGAAAUAAAUUGAAAGACAAUAUCUUAGCAGUGGGGCCAGGAAAUGCUCCAUGGAACGAUAACCCACCCGGGUAUGAUAUGCGUCUGCAGGCAUGUGUUGAUAAACUUCGAAUAUUUCGGAACUGGUGUUCACACUUAGAUCAUGCUACUAUAUCAGACAAGGAAGCUGAUUAUUUAUUCACGUAUAUCAAAGAAGUCAUAGUAGAGACCGAGAAACAUGUCAAGAUUCGUCCACAGUACAGUCUCAAAGUUGACUAUAUACAAAAUGGAGAAUUGUCCCCCUACGUCGCUGAACAACAGGAAAAGAUAAGAAAACUUGAGACUGAACGGGAUGAAACGAGGGAAGGUGCACUGACCGAUCUGAAAACGCACCUUGAUGAUUUGAAGGAAAGCCUUAAAAAAUGCUUCUCCGAUCUAGAGAUGUUUGAUACAAACGUGAAUGGCCAAGACGCUAAAACCAAGAAAUACAUCGAAAGCCAUGAACGCAGCAACCAAUAUUACGCAGAAACAAGUACUUCAAGAGAUGCAAUGGAUAAACUAAAAUUGGAGCACUGUGUUGUAAUAACAGGAUACAAGGGAUCAGGUAAAACGGCCCUAGCAUAUCAUCUUCUAUACCAGUUGAUGUCGUUGGGAAGGUGCAAAGUCCACGUUUCUCAUAGCUUGUCAGACGUUGAGAAGAUAUUCUCUGAAGGUUUUUUUAUUGCGCUUAUUGAAUUGGAUGAAAUUAAACCUAAACAUAGGGAGCAAGUAAAACGUAUCAAGGAAGGAUUGAUAUCGCCCGACAAAACCCUUAGUCUCUACAUCAUUAUGACAUCAAACGUAGGUGAUUGUGAUGAGAUUUUAGAUAUCAUAAAUCAUGUUGACUUAUCCUUAACCUUAGGUGAAGAUGAACGAAGGUCUAUUCUCACACAACAGUUGCGUCAGGAAGUAAAGAAAACAGGAGCGUUAUCCCAUCAGCCAACCCCAGAGGAAUUAACAGAAAUAGUGAAAGAAUCUUCUUGCCCAUUAGGUUUUCCGAUGGCUGCAUCCUUGUAUGCACAGAACGAUAACUAUCGCCGACUUGGUCUAGCUUUUUUUCGAUCGCCAGUCGAUUAUUAUCUUUCAGAAGUAAAGAAAUUUUGCAAGGGAAAAGCAACGCAUGCUCUUUUACUUCGAUUAGUACUUCAAGAAACAGAUCAUAGCAAUAAGGAUGACGUUAGUGCAUGGAUAAGGGAUUCACAGUCAAAAGUAGACGAGAAAUCUGUCAGAAGUGCUUGUAAGCGAAUCAAUGGGUUUUUGAUUGUGCCAUCCAGCGCCUCCAGCGACUUUCAGCUACGAAACGCAUGCGUUCAAAGGGCUGCAUGUAUGUAUCUCAUGAAAGACCACUUGCAACAUUCAAUCAAAUGCCUUGGUCUUGAAUAUAUUGUUGACACAAGCAUUCUCAGUUGCAGGGAAGAAAAUACAGGGAAUUGUGUUCAGAUUCUGUCUGAUGAUACUGAUAAGAAGGUAUUGGCAGAGAGGUUUUUUAGAGAAAUUUUGGAGGAAAAAUCAAUCAGUCUAGUCAAGAGUGAUGCGUGGUUAGACAGUACAUUCACAGAUAUAUUUAUCGAUGUCUUAGUGGCACAUGUUAGAAAUAUUGCCGAAGAAAAACAAGAAACGGAAGCUUGUGCAUGUAUAGAAACACUAUUCCAAUGGGCUGUUCUCCAUAGAUGUAUACCUCUUUGCAAAGGUCUGGUAAAAUAUAUUGGCAGGACAUUCUCAUUUGACAAAAUCCCAGAAUUUAUCCCAAACCUGUUGAAAAAGCUCAUGCUGGAUUCAUGCGAAGUUUCCCAAGAUCCGCUUUUCAUUGCUGACAGAGAAGUAACCAAAAUUGACCUUUUACGGAUUUUUGUCAAGAAAAAAACAUGCUGCAACUUUUGUCAACCGAUAGUGUCAUGCCGUGACGAUGAAGGCUUACGCUAUCUUCUGAGUGAAGGAACCAUUGAUCAAGAGCCGGACUGGGGUUUCUGGAAAUUUCUCACUUCCGCUGCAGCCGAAGGCGAUACACUUCUAUGCAAUUGUGACUUUGUCAGGUUGGUAUGCCUUCCGACACAAGAUCACGAAAACAACGCCAGAAAAGAAGAUAUACAUGUAGCUGAGUUUGCUGAAAAAGUGAAAUCUUUGAAAGACGAUAGUGCUUUAAACAAGCAACAUUUCUUUUUUAGUUGCAUAGAGACUAUUGGGUUGAAUCAGUCUCUCAUGAGUGCAAUGCGUCAACAUAAAUUUGACAUACUUGCUACGAAUAAUGAAGAGGAAAAGUACAAUGCUUUGCACGUAGCAAUUUGUAGCAAGUUGCCAUGUAAGCAGUUAAGAAACACGAUUCUGGCAUUGACUGAUCUAGAAUUACAGCAGCAAGUGAACCAGAAUGGUGACACGCCAUUAAUGAUGGCAGUACAGCAGGAAGGUAUUGAUAUCAGUAGUAUUAAUAUACUUUUGAGUCAAAAUGCAGAUCCAAACUUUUCUUCACUUCAAGGAGGAUAUGCAGCAUUGCACCUGUGUAUCAUGUCAUCACUCGAUGAUGAUACUGUAUCAAAGAUGGUUUCAAUAUUGAAAAACUAUAACGCAGACAUCUACAAACAAUCCUCAUCAGGGCAAACGCCAGUUAACCUUGCAAUAUCAAAAGGAAUAUCGAGAUUAAAAACACUUGGAUCGCUUGUGAAAGCAAACCAUUCCCACCCUCAGGCUACGCAAUAUAUGUUGCAUUACUGUGUACAGUUGGACUUGGAUGACACUGAAAAGAAAGAAGUUUUUCAAGUUUUGAUCCGUGAAGGGGCUAGCGUAAACCAACGGGACGACAAAGGACUAACACCGAUCAUGUUAGCCAUACAAAAAACCAAAGAAAAUACUGACCUAGUCAGACAGCUUCUAGACAGCAAAGCUGAUGUUAGAACUACCGAUUACGAAGGGUUGUCUCCGUUACAUCAUUGCUGUAGUGCGAAACAAAUGCCAUCAAAGGUAGCUUUGAAAAUAGCAAAAUUGAUAAUAGAGCUUGAUGAUGCCUGUUUAGAAGAGCCUGACGAAAAGCAGAAAACACCUUUGAUGCAUGCGAUCACGAAUGAGAAUCAUUUGUCAGCUGAUCUUGUAUUCUACUUGAUAGAGAAAGUGACUGACGUGAAUGCUGUGGACUCCGGGAAAAACACAGUGCUUCAUCUUUCGAUGAAGUCUCACUUUAAAGACGAUAUUGUAGAAGACAUGGUGGAGAGUCUCAUGAAUAAGGCAGCUGAUCCAUUUGUACAAAAUAGCAAUAACUUAAGCUGUCUCAUGUGCGGUGUAUAUUCCCCAAACGGCCGUUUGAAAUCCAUCACAUCGAUUCUUAGGAAGACAAAAGACCACUACAAACCCCAAACAGACUUGCGUGGUUAUAAUUUACUUCAUCUCUGCGUUGAAGCUACAGGUAUAGCAGAUGAGGAUGUGAGCAAAUUAUGUCAACAUGCAGUAAAGUGCGGAGAAUCAGUUCUUAAGAAAUCAAAAGAAAAUGAAAGUGCAUUGGAGUUGGCUGUGUCGUCUCAAUCAACACGACUUCAAACUAUAUGUUCCAUGCUGAGUUCCUCUGGAAUGAAGAUAACAUGCGAGAUAUAUGACCUGUUGAAAAAAACAAACAAAUUAUCAUACAAGUUGUUGCAGCUUUUACAAGAGCACAAAGUAGAGUUAGAUGAGGAGUGCCGAGAUGCAAGAUUCCCAUAUCAUGAUAUUAUUGAUGAUGCGCAAACAGCGGUUGAUGAAACAAUAGUCUAUCCACUUGUUCGCCUAGGCUUUGACAUCAAUCAAAUGAAUUCACGAGGAGAAAGUCCCCUUACGUUCGCUUGUAGGUCACAGUGUACACAAGCUGUCCUUGUCGCACUAGCGAAUGAAAGCGACAUCGCAAAACAUGUUCACAACAAUGAAACGUGUCUACACUUACUGGCCAAAUCAAACAGAAAUGAUCUAGAAACUCGUGACGCUAUGACUUUACUUAUGCAAAUAGCCAAAAUAAACGUAAAUCAACUUAACAAUUUCAAACGUUCAGCUUUGGCAGAAAGUGUCAUCAAGCAAAAAAUGAACUCUGCUCAGUUUCUUAUGCAAAAAGAUGCUGAUCCAAAUAAAACAGACAGGGUGGGAAAAACCACCGUACAUCAUUGUGUGGAAGGGGAUUGGUGUGACGACAAAGCAUGUGGGAUGCUAGAUAUCCUUGUAGAUGGUGGGGCAUAUAUUGACAGAUGUGACAACAAAUCAGCAAGUGCUUUAACAUUGGCGUCAAGUCAUUCAAGUCGUAGUAGACUUUUCACUAUGCUCAGACUGUUAGAACUCGGAGCAGAUGUGUGCCAUGUUGAUCGAUGGGGUAGGUCGCCAAUCAGUAACUGUCUUACAUACUUACGAGGACAUCGAAAGGCGACAGGUUUAGAACGCGCGUGUCGUCUGACUGCUCUGAGGCUUUAUGGAGUGGAGCCAUUCUGCAAAGACAAUGAUGACAAGACUGCGGUGGAACUUUGUGAUAACCUUAAACAAGAAAAAGAAAUUCUAGAAAUCGAUAUAUUCGGCCUUCCGCAAGUGUAUGCGGAUAUCGUCAAAGGCGCAUUCGCCUCACUUGACACUCGUGAUGAUUAUGAUCAUAUCGAAUAUCCGGUGAAGAAACUGACACCAGGAAUACUACAGUUAAUGCAAUAUUCAGCCAAGUUUCUUCACAGAGAGUUGUUUGAUGUUUGUGAAGAUGACGCAGAUUUUGAUACAAUGAGCGACUUUUUAGAAAUAAAAGAAUUUGAAGCAAGAUAAGAAAGAAUGUGGAAUUUAGAGUAACUGUAUUCUAUUCAAACAUUGGACGAGGAAGAGAAUUUCCAAAUCUUGUGCAAAGUUUUAACACAUCUUUCCCCUUAAAAAAACCAAAUGUGUUAUGAGAUUUAGAGGGCGGUAGUUAAUAUCUUACAAUGCCUACAAUUUGUAAAUUAUCUUCUUAGGUUCCCUCAAAGAAAGAUUAACAGGGAGGUCGGUGGAGUUAUUUCUCUUGGAAUCGAACCCCACAUUCAAAGUCAAACACUCAGUCGAUCGAGCUAAAGGGAAUUGUCUGUAUACUAUUUCUCCGUCCCAUGUGUCAGAGCUCGAACACACAUCAACUAAAUUUCAAAGAGGCCAGGCACCAAAUCUAAUACAUGUACAUGCAUAUGAAAGUGAAAAGUGUGUUUCAUUUAUCAGAAAUAGAACUCGUGAACCCAACGAAGUCCGAUUCUCUACCGAUCGAGCAAAAAAGAAAACGAUAUUUUUUCUCAUGUUUGUUAAACCAUGUAUCGACAUUACCAAAAGGAUAUGAUUUUGUAAAAUAUGAUUAAUUGGAUAUAGCUUAUUAUUAAGUAUGAUGAGUUGUAAUGUAAAUACUAUGUUAACCAAAUUUUUAGUGUAUUAUACAAUACUAUCAAAACUAAAUUUAAGGAAAGUUCCUUAGCUACAGUACUUAAGGAAAAUCUAUGUAAAGGAACCUUCCAUAAAUUUUGUAAUGCUUCAUGUGAUGAAGCAUUCUGUGAUGCCUUCCUUGAAGUACUUUGUAAUGCUUUCCUGAGAAGAAUUUUAUAAAGCUUCCCUGUGUAGUAUUUUAUAAUGGUUCCCUGUGGAGUAUUUUGUAAUACUUCCCUUGAAGUAUUUUGUAAUGAUUUCAUGUGAAGAAUUUUGUAAAGCUUUCCUGUGGAGUAUUUUAUAAUGGUUCCCUGUAGAGUAUUUUGUAAUACUUUCCUUGAAGUAUUUUGUAAUGAUUUCAUGUGAAGAAUUUUGUAAAGCUUUCCUGUGGAGUAUUGUAUAAUGGUUCCCUGUGGAGUAUUUUGUUAAGUUACAACAAUCUCCCCCUCGGGUUGAGAUCCCCCUAUCUCACUCCAAAAGGGGUAAAAGAUUUUAUUAGUCCUUGCCGUCUUCGGAUUGGCCAUACAAUUAACGCCUUAUAGUGUUGAUAAACCGUUAAAAAUCAUCUAACUUGAUCAUAAAUACAUGCACGGUAACAAUGUCGUAGGGCGACGCUUCAUAAUCAUAUUUAUGGCAGCUGAGAUCAUUUAUUUUUUAUGAGAUGCAUCGUGCACCUACGGAGCUAUGUUGAUCUAGUAAUUAACCAAAUUUGAUCUGAUAUCAUAUAGAUUUAAAUUAUUUUACACAUUUUGAUUAAAUACUGGAUCAUCGUUAUUAAUUACAGCUUGAAUUGUAAACAUGUAUAAAUGUACUUGGAUAAAAUUUAAUGUUUAAAAACCUGGUUGUAUGUCUAUUGUUGUCGUUAUGUUCCUGAAAUAAAUUGUGGAGGAUAGUGCUUCUAUAAGUUGCCAGAACAUGUGCCCAGUCCUCUUGCUUGUUUUAAAGAAGCAAUAGGAUAUGUUUAAACUAAACUGUGAAGUACUGUAAACAUCAUUGUAAUUCCGGGUUAAUGGGUCUGUGAGUUAUGUAUAUGAUGCUGACUGCCCGUAGCGACAAUUCAUAUAAAAUGUACUAGUACGUGAUUUAUACUUAUGUGUUUAUUACUUCAGAGGCAUAACAAAAUAAUGCAAAAAAUAUCUGGCUCUCUUAUUCCUGAAGUUGUGCUGGGUUUUUUCACUUUGAUAUUUGAUUUAUGUUCUCUUUUUCGCUGUGUUUAUUGAACACUUCCUAAAUUCUAUCCAAAUUGAAGUACAUUUGUAUAUUGAUUGUUUUAGUUAUUUGUUUUUAUUCUGUUUCUUAACUUGUUUAGUAAUAGAUUGAUUCAUGAAGACGUGUUAUGUAUGAUGAAUUGUGCCAAAAAAGUAAAAUUUAUUUAUGUCAAAACAUUUUUCGUUGUAUUGGAUAUUAAAACAUUAUACUUGUUUAACAUGUUGAAGAAUGUGUUAUAUGAUUGUGAUUUUUGCUGAUUCUAAUUUGUCGGUAUCUCUCUGAAAGAUAUUGACAAAAUAUAAUGUUAACCUUAAACUGGGAAAUUCAUGCCUGAGAGAUUAACAUAGCAAAUUGAUAACCUAGACUGAAAAUAGUAAUAGGAAUUUCUCGAAUCAUUAGUAUUCCUGAUCAAUUACACAAGAGUAAUGUCGAUCAUCGGGCAGUCAAAAUUGUAGCUGUCUGACAAAAAUACUGCCAGACUUGAUAAGACACGUUUCGGAUACCGAUCUACAAAAUUUUGUAGAAAACAAACAGAAAAGCACUAAAUUCUUAAAAUAUUCCGUAAUCUUUUGGCGAAAAAAAGGUCAUGACGUUGCCUUUGAAAAUCUAACAGGUAGAUAUCGUACUUUAUCAAAAUCUUCAAUUUAAUGCCAGUAAUUUGUGUUUAAUAUUUUUUACUUGAUUUAUGUUAUUAAUAGAUAAUAUUUUUAUUCUUGAUUGCUUGUGUUAUAUUAAGAUUUUAUAUUGCAACAAUGAUAUCAUAAGAUAUCGUUUCAUAUAACAAAACAGUUAUUGACUCCGUUAAGGUUAAUACGAAGAAUCGAUAACCUUCGAAAUGUGUUAAUAACCUAAACAAAGUCAGUAACUUAUCAAAUUGUAUACAGGCGUUCCAUGUGACCUUAAUAUUAUAAUUAUAAUUAUAUUUUAUGUGAUGCUUCUAUUAUUUAGUUAUUAAACAAUUAAAUGAAAUUAUAAUUAAUUUCCAAUGGAUUGUACGCAGAAUACGGCUUUCUGAUUGGUUGAGAUUUUUUUAUUGACGUUGUGUAUUGAUUUGUGAAAAAGAAUUCCUUACAAGAUCAGUUAAAUUGUACAUGAAACAUGUUUUAAUUUUGAAAAUCAAUUUCAAAAAAUGAUUAUAAGCGUUGAUGUCAAUUAUUUUUUAGUUUCAUGGCAAACAGUUUUUUUUUUUCAUACCCCAAUGAAACUAAAAAAAAUGACAUCAAUGCUUAAAUAAUUAUGACCUGAAAAUGUAUUUGUCACAUAAUUGGUGACAUCUGCAAAAUACAGUAAGUCAUAUUUUGAGGAUCUUCCGUGACUGACUGUAUGUUAUUUUAGUUUCUUACAUAAGUUCAGUGAAGUCAUUGCUGCACAGACACGAGUUUAAGAUUCUAUUGAUCACAUCAUUCAUAUUGGUCGUAAGAUAAGCUAAAACUUUGAAAAUAAUUUAAGUCAUAUAACAAGCGGUUUACAUUGCCAAGACAAUUGCCAUUUAGGUCAUUUUUUAUAACGUCACAAAGUAUACAUGUAUAUAGUUACGAUGAAGAUGCUAGUCAUGUGAUAAAAUAUCAAAUGUUAUGUCGCAAUUUAACUGCCAUUCCAGACAAAAUUAAUACUCCAUAUAUGUAUGUUUUUCCCAUCUUUUAACGACUGCAUUUACUUCAAAUGUAUCACAUAUACUAGCCGUAUGUCCAUUACUAAAUGAUGAAUGUUGUUAUAGAAAGUUUGCGGCAUAAAGAAAAAGAUGUGACUUUAAAAAUCGUAUGUACAUAUGUUUGAAGUGAAAAGAUCUCAUGUAUAUUUCUUUAAACAUUCACUUUUAGGUCAGAGACGCAAUAAUGAAAGUUUAAAGGAUUUUGUCGUCUGGGAAAUUCACAAAAUAACAUAUAUGACAACCACUAAUUUGACAAGACAAAAUUACUCAACGAAGUCUACCCCUUUGUCAAUGCACAACAAAACGAAAAUCAAAUUACGAUGUCAAGACAAAGUAACACAACUACACAGGCAACCGCUCAUUUUUCGAGUCACAACUACACAAGUUAUCUCUCAUUUGUCAAUACACAACUACACAAUGAUCACUCAUUUGUUGAGCCACAACUACACAUGGAAUCGCCUUUUCCCCGUAAUUUUACAUUUAUUUUCAUAGUCUACCUUUGUCAAGACACAAAAAAAUACUUCAAAGUUCUGUAAUAUUUUCGUCAUUCUUCUACAGCACUCAGUUGGAAACACGUUUUUUAAGUUUUCAAUAUUUACAUAUUUAUAUAAUUUGUCGUUGGUUAAAUCAAAAUAGUAAUUUGUAUUCCCCAAAUAUACGCUUGAAAUUGAAAUAUUUUAUUCGUUUAGACUGAUUUCUUAUAAGAAGGCAACUGUAGCUUAAAUGUAUUGUUUAAUUUUGUGUAUUUAAGAUUGGUCAGAUGUUGAUAUAGAUUCUACAUCAUCAACAUCGUAAUCACUGCUUCCACUAGAAAUGUAUAAAUAGUACCCCGAAUUAUAUAUAUAUUAUAAUAAAAGCAAAAUAGCAGCGUCCAUUCAUGGUAUCAGAUCGAAAGUUAUACAUACAAUAUAUAGAGGUACACGGUAGAAUUUCUUCGGUUUAUAACUAAUUGUUUAUCCACUUUAAAUUCAAGAGAAAAAUUAGAAGAUCAAUUUUGGGGGGUGAUAGUGGUGUACUCUCUGUAACUUUUGGUAUUGUUUAAAAAAAUGAAUAAAAAAUAAAACAACAGUCUCAAUGAAUAUCAAUCUUUAUAACUCUUUGUUGGAGAUGUAGCAUCGUAAGUCUGCGAUGUAUUUCUACUCAUUUAUUGUUUAUAACAAAAUAAAUGUAUGUCGCUAAUAUAUA